AUGAGUCGUGUCAAACGGGCAGAGUGCCUUCUAGGCUACGCUUCCGUGUCUAUGUCAGUGAAAUCUACUUUCACCCCAAUCAACGAUGUACCAGCCAAGCGCUGUCUUUUGGGCUAUAUCCACAAAGAGCAAAUCACGUACAUCAGCAGUGCCAGUCCCUGGGUCGCGGAUCAAGACAUUUGA